UCGAGUAAUGAGCGCACUGAUGUUAGCUUCCAGGCUAACAUCUAUGAGAAGAUGGCAUCCUCGGACCAAUCUGACCAGCAAAACCAGAAUGCUGCUCCAGCUGGUGAAGAUGCGGCUCCAAGAGAAGCUCUGAUUGCCACAGCAGUGAGGUUUUUACAAAACCAGAAAGUUCGGCAGAGUCCAUUACCAACCAGAAAAGCUUUCUUGAAGAAAAAAGGUCUGACUGAUGAGGAGGUAGAGUUGGCCAUCCAGCGUUCUGGUGGUACAGAGGAGCCGCUGGCUCUCAGCGUUCCGGGACCCUCACACAUCACCCACCCCGUUCCGCUGGCCCCUGUCCCAUACAGUCCCCCAGGAUACAGAUGGAGAGACUACGGUGCCCUGGCUGUAAUCUUGACAGGAAUGGCCUUUGGCUUCCAUCAUCUUUACCGGAAAUACAUCCUUCCCCUCAUUAUGGGCAGCAAAGAGGACAAGAAACAUCUGCAGAGGAUCGAGAGCAACAUCAUGGAUAUGAGUGGCACUCUGACACAGACAGUCACCCAGUUGCAGAUGACCCUGGCUUCAGUGCAAGAACUGCUGGUCCAGCAACAGAAGAAAAUACAGGAGCUGUCACAAGAGCUGGCUAAUUCACAGGCCUCAUCUUCAACCAAUCGCAUGCUGGAGUCUCAGUGCAUCAGUGAGCUCAAGGCUGAGAUUGUGUCUUUGAAGGGGCUUCUUCUCAGCAGGAGACAGUUCCCCGCUUCGCCCUCAAUCCCCAAAAUCCCAUCCUGGCAGAUCCCUCUUAAACCAGGAUCAUUGUCCAACUCGCCCUCUGCCAACCACACCAACAGCAGCAGUGACAUCUCGCCCGUCAGCAACGAGUCGGCCAACUCCUCCCCUGUUAAAGAGGGCAACAGCUCCCAGGCCACCCCGUCUGGCUCGCUUUGCCUGAACGGAGAUGUGGGCCUGGGGUCCAUGCUUCCUCUAGACCUGAAAGACCAGGUCCGCAUGGAAGUGCAGGGAGAGGAGGAGAACAAAGAUGAUGAGGAGGAGGAAGUAGAGGAGGAGGAUGACGUGACCCAUGCAGAUGAAGAAGAACACCUGAGCGUGCAGACAGAGGACAGGAGAGGAGGAGAUGGACAAAUUAAUGAACAGGUGGAGAAGCUGCGGCGUCCAGAAGGGGCAAGUAACGAGAGUGAGGUCGAUUAGAGAGAACAUCCGAGACUGGACUUAUCCAUCCAUUUGUUACUCAUUUUUAUUUUAUUUUUUUUACAUAGAGUUAAUUUAAAGAGAUAGUUCACUAAAAAUGGGUGUCAUUAUUUACUCUCCCUUAUGUCGUUCCAAACCAGAAUGACUUUCUUCUGUGGAACACAGAAAGAGAUGUUAGGCAGAAUGUUAGAGAUAAUGUUUUUUUUCAUACAAUGAAAGUAAAUGGUGACUGAGGCUAACAUUCUUCCUAACAUCUUCAUUGUUCCACAGAAGAAAGGAAGUCAUAUGGGUUUUUGGAACCAUCUGUAAAUGAUGACAGAAUUUUCAUUUUUGGGUGAACUAGCUCUUUAACUUCUCACAGCUCACCCUUGUUGCAGUAAUUUAAACUAUAAAAGAAUAAGCAGGUGAGAUGGAUUAUGUCCCAUUCAUUGCACUUCUGUACCCAUUGACUCGACUUACUUGACUUUUCAACAUGCACAGUUUCCAACGUGCAACCUGGAGUGGCACAAACAUUCUGCAUGCCUGAACAAGCACAUUCAAAUUAACACAUUUUCUAAAAGACGAUGAAAGAAUUAUGAACAUAAUUUUUAUUUUGCAAUCAACUGGAAACCAGACAGUUCCCCUAAAUGCUAGCUAUUUCCUCAGACAGAAACUGUAGUGUUCGAUGCUCUAUAAAAGGCAAUAUACUGUAAUUGUAAUAUAAAGCUUAGAAUCAAAGCAAAGAUGAUCAGUUGCAGUUAAAGGGAUAGUUCACCCAGAAAUAAAAAUGUUCAUCAUUUUCUCAACCUCAUGUCAUUCCAAACCUGUUUCUUUUCUCCAUGUAAUACAAAAGGAGAUGUUGUUGUGUGGGGAAAAAAAUGCAAUAAAAGUGAGUGGUGACUGAAGCUAACAUUUUGUUAGCUGUUCCACAGAAGAAAAAAGUCAUACGGGUUUGGAACAAAAUGAGGGUAAAUGACAACAGAAUUUAACUAGAAACUAUCCCUCAAAGAAUCACAUUUGACAUGAUGUAUCUAUACUGUAGUACACAGAGUGUUGAAGCAAUCAGUCUGUUUGUGUAACAAUGAGGCCUUGUGAUUUAUGAUUAAAGUGAUAAUGCUUUGCGUCUCAGUGGUAGUGAGAAUUUCUAUAAUUGUGAGAGAAAGACAGAGGGAAAUGUAAAAAAGAAAAAAAAAAGAAAAAGCAGAGCCAAGUGAAAUGUGUCUGUCUUGGUUGUAUUUCUCCAGUCUCCAGCAGGGCUGCUGAUUUGGUUUAUGAAGUAUGUUAAUAAUCAAAUGAUCGACAAAUAACAGAUGUAUUAGUUCAUGCAGCUUGAAAUGUCAAGGAGGCAAAAAUCGGAAAUCUAAUACUGAAAGCUUGUUAUAUUGUAUUAUAUUACACGACAAACCCUCCAGUCCAAAUUAUAUAGGUCUCCUGCAGUGAAUAAUCUUAACAUGAAACGGUGCUGGGGUUUUGUAAUUAAACUGUAUAAAACAAUGGAUGCUUCAGCGAAGAUGCUGACAGUUGUGCUUUUUUCUUUGGGGGCUUUUCUCUCAGAAAGUCCUGAGAGGAUUAAAAAAAAAAAGGAUGAAAAAAAAAAUCCCCGUGAUGCAAAUGGAGAGUAACGUAUGAAUAUUUAACUAAUGAAAUUACUCACUCGCCAGCUGACAAGAAAAAAAGAUCCUGGAGUGAGAACUAGAGUAUCAGAUCCAUUGUGACAUUUUCACUUUUAACAAAUGACCUUCAGAGUAACCGGAUUACGGCACAGGCAGGUGAAUUGGCGGCGUUUGCCAUGCAACGGCACAAUGAAAGAGCUCAGCAUCUCUGGCUAUGUGUGUUUGUCUCCUUACCUCCUAGAAUAGAGGUGAUUUUACACUAACCUCCACAAGAAUAGUAGAUACUAACAAGGGUUUUUUUUGUUGUUGUUUUUUUGCUAAAACUUUGGCUUUGAUUUGAAAAGCUAAAAAUCCAAAUGCGAAGUGAACAUUAAAGGGUUAUUUCACCCAAAAAUGAAAAUUCUGUCAUCAUUUACUCACCCUGAUGUCGCUCCAAACCCAUAUGCUGUUAUUUUUUCCAUAGAACAAAAAAUGCAGCUUUUUUCCAUACAAAGAUGGUUAAUGGUGACCAUGUCUGUAUAUGGCUUAUGUCUUUUGAAGCCAUAUGAUAGCUUAUCAUUGAGUCUGUGAGCUGAACUCAAGAACCGGAUCAGCCAGAUUCGUAAACGUUUAAAAUGUAAAUGAACGAUUUAAGAAAUGGACGAAUUAAGUUCUUAAGUUAAACUCACUGACUCAAUGACACAGUUGUGGUUCUCUGGUUAAAAGCUCAUUGGAGAGGAAGAUUAUUAGUGAAUAAUGAUGUAAAUUGUGGUCUGUUCCUCCAACAAAUCUACCAUAUGGCUUCAGAAGACUCACAAGGACACCUAUUAUGGUGCUUUUUCUGUGCAUGUUUUUGUCAUUUUAUCAAGCACAACAGCCAUGGUUACUACUGUAUUAACUGUCACUGUAUGGAAAAAGAACAAAAUGACAUGAGGGUGAGUAAACUGACUAAAUUUUCAUUUUUGAGUGAUCUAUUACAUUAAUGGAAUCGGUGAAGUUUGAUCUCGAAAGUUCAUCACAUCAUAUUGGUGUCACAGAAAUGACAUCAAGUUACUGAAAGUUACCGAAAAAUGUGAGAGGAAUUAAGAACAUUGGCUUCAGAAUGAGACACAGCUUUAGUAUGAGUGUGAGUGCAUGUGCCCAUUUUUGCUUAAAACCACAUUCUGGAGUUCCUGUCACGCUGGUUGAUUCUGGUAGUGUGACAACAGAGGCCUUCAAACAACAACAUGAUAGCGAUAAUCAUUGUAAAGCUGCUGUGAUGGUGGUUAGGGCUACUGAAUUAAUCAUGAGAUAAACCACAGAUUCAGUGCCUGUGUCUCUUUUGAGAUUACAUUCUGCCUGUCUCCAACCACGUUUUUAUGACAAAGUUUUGUUAGGAAUCUACAUACUACAGCUGGGUUUUCAAGCUCACAUUGGGGCUUUAAGUAUUCAUUCUCAUGUCUGGGUGUGUGAGUGUGUGACUGUAUGCUCAGUUUUACAAUUAAGCUUGUGUAAGUAAGGUCUGAAAUGGUUUGUACGAACUGCACAGUGUUGCUGUAUGCAGCUACACCAUUGGGUCAAAAGUUUUUAGACACCCCCUUCUAAUUAAAAAAUGUGGUUACUCCAUUAAAUCCAGUAAAGAAAAAUCUUAAUGUUUCUUUAUGUAAUGGCUUGGGCUUUGUGUGCUUCCAAAUUUGUGGCAACUGUUUGGGGAUAGCCCUUUUCUGUUCCAGCAUGACAAUGCCCCUGUGAACAAAGUGAGGUCCAUAAAGAAAUGGUUUACUGUGUCUGGCGUGGAAGAAAUUGACUGGCCUGCACAAAGCCCAGACCUGAACCCCACUGAUCACUUUUGGGGUGAACUGGAACAGCAGCUGUAAGUCAGGCCCCAUCGACCAACAUCAGUUCCUGACCUCACUGAUAGACUUGUGUCUGAAUGAGAGCAAAUCCCUGCAGCCAUGUUACUACAUACAGCAUAGUGGAAAGCCUUCCCAAAAGAGUGAAAGCUGUUAUUACAGCAAAGGGGGAAAUUGAUGCCUAAGGUUUUAAAAUCAAAUGUUCAUCAAGCAUAUAUGGUGUCCACAAACUUUUGGCCAUAUAGUGUAUGUUGAUAUUCUCAAUGACACCCUGCUGGUAUUUGUCACAGAGAAAUUCUGGUAUGAAGAGAUGAUUGUAAAUAAUUGUAAUAAAUUUGAUUUAACACAA